CCUCAGUCCAAUAGGAAUCCAGAGGCUGCCUGCAAGUGGUCUAAUCUCAAUGAGGUGUCAAUCAUGUUCCCUGGUGGGUGAAGUAAGGUCUUUUGUAACCGCCUCUGUCUUUGGGAAAAGAGGAGAGAGAGGAGAAAGACUUCAGCAGAGAGAGGAGGAACGCAGGACCGUGCUGCAGAAGGGGAACUGAGAUUUGAUUUUGCUUUUGCUUUAGCAGGGAGGAAAGUGGAGCACAUGGAUUUCUAAAAACGUUGGGAUUUUAUUAAAAAAACCACCACUGAAAACAGUCCAAUGAAUCGCAAUUGCAGAUCAAUGCAGAGAAAUGGGGAAACUUCACUCGAAACAUGCUGCCGUUUGUAAACCCAGAGAAAGUCCAGAAGGUGAUAGUUUUGCAGUGAACGCCUCCCUGGCUCGGAAAGGGAUUGAGGACUGGAUGGUGAAGCAGAAAUACUUCGGUAGCAGCGGGGACAGCAGUACGGGACUCCUGCAAGGCUGCCAGCACCGGGCUGUUUGCAGGCUCUCCGGCACCAGGGAUCCGUCUGGUGAAGGUUACAGAGAGACAAUUGGUGAUGAACACUUUCGUCUAGAAGUGGCUUUGCCUCCAGAGAAGACAGAUGGCGUUUGCAGUGGAGAUGAAAAGAAAGCUGGGAAAGAAAGUGACACACGUACAAGUUCCAGGAAACAACUAAAAUUUGAAGAAUUGCAAUGUGAUGUGUCUGUAGAGGAAGAUAACAGGCAAGAAUGGACCUUCACACUGUAUGACUUUGAUAACAACGGAAGAGUCACACGUGAGGACAUUACAAGCUUGCUUCAUACCAUCUAUGAGGUAGUUGACGCAUCAGUAAACCACUCCCCUAGUUCCAGUAAAACUCUGCGAGUGAAGCUUACUGUGGCACCUGAUGGAAGUCAGAAGAAAAAGAGUAUCUUACUAAACCCUGCUGAUUUGCAGAGCUCUAGGCACAGAGCUGAGAGCAAAGCCAAUGAAGAACUGAGAAGCUCUGAAAAGAAGCAGCGGGCUUCUCUCAGGUAUCACCCCAGUGACAACGCUCCUGAGCAAAGCGGGUGCUAUCGCCAUUGCGUGGAUGAGAACAUUGAAAGGAGAAACCACUAUUUAGAUCUUGCAGGAAUAGAAAACUAUACAUCGAAAUUUGGGCCAGGAUCUCCUCCAGCAGCUCAGAAAUAUGACCCACCAAAUAGAGUGGUGAAUCAGACUAGAUCCCGCUCUCAUGAACCUGAAAUCUUCCAUGCCCAACACAGGAAAUCUCAAGUGGUGGACCCCAGCCACAUCAAUUUGGCUGAUGCCUCGUACGCCAAGAUUGCAGAAAUACAACAAAGGCUGCGCAAUCAGGACUCAAACAAGCACUUUGUUAGGUCUCCCAAGGUCCAGAGCAAAAAUGUAGCCUCUGUUCACCCUGGAAGGGCAGUAAGGAAUAAACCUCUUCAAGGUGCAUCCAUGCCAAUGGCUUCCCCAACUGCACGGGUGGGCCAGAAUCUUCCUUACCUCCCCAUGCAGUCCCAGCAGGCUCACAAGAAACAUAAGCAGAGGGCAAAGGAGAAUCAUCAAAUGUGCAAAACCUUCCAUUCUCCGGGGACAGUUGUGGAAAAAGAGCAGGUAAGAGACCUGCCCACAGUCAUUUUAUAUGAAGGCCAAGUUGGACAAAUGAUCCAGAGACAUGAACACCAUCACCACCAUGAGCAUCACCACCACUAUCAUCACUUCUACCAGACAUAAAACCGAUCCCACCAACAUCAUCCAGGAAUCCCCCCAUAUGAAGGAAACGCCUUCCUGUGACUUCAGACUAAGGCAUUAUUAUGAUUAAUAUUAUUGUUACUCCAUUAAUAUUCAGCUAGCGUAUAUUUUAAAAAUUAUAUGAAACCAUUAAAACUUACACUAUUUAUAUGUCGUGAAGUUGCAUAGCUUACUUAACAACUUGUUGAUAUUGGUUUUUAAGUGGCUAGUAAAACAACAAACAGCCAUAGCUUUCAGAGCUGUGAUUUAAUGCAGGUCAUCAACGCACUUCCUUUACAAGUACUUCCUUCAUUGUAUUAGAAAAAGAUACUUCAAACAACGCUGCAGACAUAUAGCUUACCAGUCUGCCAUAUGUCGGCUUAUUGCACACAAGCCUUUUAUCAGGGGAGCAAUGUUCAAAGGUUUGGACUCCAGAAAUACUCAGAAUAACAGAAAAUACAAACAGCUGCUACCUCUAGUAUUAUUCAAAUUUUAUUUUCUUUUUACUGAUUGUAAUGUGCUACAAGGGGAUUUUAAUAUACUGCAUUCUUGUAGCCUGUUUGUGUUGUACUUUCACUAUCUUAAUAAUUACAAGGAAAUAUUAGCUAUAUUUGUCAACAGAGCUACAUUUUACAACUGAUACUUUCUUUUUGCCUUCAAGGUUCUUUACUGACUCAAGUCCAGUCUGUUAGAUAUUGAGUAGUAUUUAAAUAUACAUCCUUUUUUCUUUUUUUUACUCUCCAUUCUGCAUUGGGAAACCAUCUGAGAGGAAAGAAAAGAGGUGGAUAUGAACCCUCACUAAACCUUAAUGCUUGGGCCAUAACUAGCAUUCGUUGUUUUGUUUUGUUUUUAAUCCACAAUUCUUUGUUUUGAAAAAGAAUUGGAGGAAAAUAUACUUCUCACUUUAAAUGUUGGCAAAUAUAUAUACAUAAAAUAUAAAUAGAUAAAUAUAUAUAUAUAUAUACACACACACACACACA